ACUUUACCAACCACCAUCUCUCUCGCAUCCAAGUAUUCUAUAAAGAAACCAGACAGAGAGACAGAGAGGGGAUUUACAAUUAGAAGCAGCAGCUAAGAAAGAUGCAGAGAUUUAUAGCCAAAAGGGUAUUAUCGUCAACAAAUUCUCUGCGUUCUCAUCGCUGCUUCUCUCAACUUGCCCAAAAACAAACCUCCUUCGCCGUUCAUGAUAAUGAUAUCCCUGUUCCCAAACUACCCCCAUUCGAUUAUUCCCCUCCUCCUUACACUGGUCCUUCCGCCGACCUAAUCUUGGCUAAACGCAAACAAUAUCUCAGCCCUUCUUUGUUUCACUUCUUCAGUAAACCCUUAAACGUGGUUGAUGGAAAGAUGCAGUAUCUAUUCGAUGAGAACGGCCGUAGAUACCUUGAUGGUUUUGGAGGUAUUGCUACGGUGUGUUGCGGCCAUUGUCAUCCUGACGUGGUUGAUGCAAUUGUCAAACAAGUCAACCGUAUACAGCACUCUACUGUUCUUUACCUCAAUCAUGUCAUUGCUGAUUUCGCCGAGGCCUUAGCCUCCAAAAUGCCUGGAAACCUUAAAGUGGUGUUUUUUACGAAUUCCGGGACGGAGGCGAAUGAACUGGCGUUGAUGAUAGCAAGAUUGUAUACGGGUUGUCAAGAUAUAAUAUCGUUGAGGAAUGGUUAUCAUGGGAAUGCAGCUGGGACUAUGGGGGCUACAGCACAGUCUCUUUGGAAAUUUAAUGUUAUUCAGAGUGGAGUCCAUCAUGCAUUGAACCCAGAUCCAUACAGAGGAGUAUUCGGUUCAGAUGGAGAGAUGUAUGCAAAAGAUGUCCAAGAUAUUAUUGACUUUGGGACUUCUGGUCAUGUUGCUGGAUUUAUAUCUGAAGCUAUCCAGGGAGUGGGAGGAAUUAUAGAAUUGGCCCCGGAUUACUUGCCUGCGGCUUAUAAAAGUAUCAAGAAAGCAGGAGGCCUUUGUAUUGCUGACGAGGUUCAGGCUGGGUUUGGACGCACGGGGAGUCAUUUCUGGGGAUUUGAGGCCCAGGGUGUUGUUCCUGACAUUGUGACAAUGGCAAAGGGGAUUGGGAAUGGCAUUCCUCUUGGUGCUGUGGUGACCACCCCCGAAAUUGCAGAAGUCUUGACUCGUCGUUGUUACUUCAACACAUUUGGAGGAAAUCCUUUAUGUACCGCUGCGGGUCUGGCAGUUUUGAAAGUGAUCGAGAAAGAAAAUCUUCAGGAAAAUGCACUAGUGGUGGGGUCCCAUCUGAAAAAGAGACUGACUGAACUCAAGGAUAAAUAUGAAAUCAUUGGAGAUGUGAGGGGAAAAGGAUUGAUGCUCGGUGUUGAACUUGUAACUGACCGCCAACAGAAAACUCCAGCAAAGGCUGAAACUCUGCAUGUAAUGGAGCAGAUGAAAGAACUGGGGGUCUUGAUUGGGAAAGGCGGAUUCUAUGGCAACGUUUUUAGAAUUACACCUCCGCUAUGCUUUACUAAAGAAGAUGCAGAUUUCCUUGUGGAUGCGAUGGAUUACACAAUGUCAAAGAUGUGAAGUCUGCAGCUAUAAUGUAGAUAUAGAUGUCUAUCCGGUCAUUCACAAGCUGGUCCUACUGGUUGAUCAUAUGCUUUACAUUUUGAGUGAAAAACUAUGAAUGCAUAAAUAGGUUUCUACCUUGAAUAAUUUGCUAGGACUUAGUUAACGAUGAGUCAACCGCUCGUUGUCUCUUGGGAACCUCUCUUUGGGUUCUUACUUAAAUAAUUUGCAUGAAUGUUUCUUUCUUUGGUUGGAAAAA